AAUGAACCUUUUUGUCGCGCAGAGAGAAAAACAUGUCUGAGAUACUUCGCUGUUACCCGGAGAUGAAGUCAAAGAACGACAGAGGGAAGGAGGUGACGGAGUACAACAACAAGUACUGGGUGAUGCUGAGCGAGGCCGAGGCCGCGGCGUUGUACCCGGAGAAGGGGAUGCAGAAGGAGGAGAUGAAGUGGCGUCAGUGGGCCGACGAUUGGCUCGUGCAUCUUAUAUCUCCCAAUGUGUACCGCACCACCGGCGAGGCCCUGGCCUCCUUCGACUACAUCGUACGUGAGGGCAAGUUUGGUACCUUCGAAGGUUUCUUUGCCAAAUAUGUCGGUGCAGCGGCCAUGUUUGUCAUCUCCAAAAGGCUGAAAAGUCGACACAACCUGCAAGACGACGUCAGGCAGGAUCUCUACAAGGCCGUCAACGACUGGGUGGCCGCCAUCGGCAAGAAGAGGAAGUUCAUGGGUGGAGAUCAUCCCAACCUGGCAGACCUGGCGGUGUUUGGCGUCCUCCGAGUGAUGGAGGGCCUGCAGGCGUUCGACGACAUGAUGGCGAACACCAAAGUCAAACACUGGUACAGACGGAUGGAGAGGGCGUCGCUCAACCACGAGGGCCGUGACUGAGGGCGGACAGGUGAAGGGAGGAGACCGCAGAACACCGAGCGCUUCCAGCCUCAAAAAGACUGAACGCUAACCGACCGACGCAGACGGACGGUGAGCGACGUCAGGGAGCGAGAAGUCCUGCUUCUACUGCGGAAACGGUUUGAUAACGGUUCCUUCUGUCCUGAUUGAUUUCCUGAUAGAAAAACAUGAAUUUAAACCUGUUAGCUGCAGAUAUUUACGUAGAUAAAGAAAUCUCACUCAUGAAAAUACUGUCGCCUGAUAAUUUGAACAUUUACGAGCUGCUGCUUCUGUAGAGGAACCGUCAAACCUGCCGUUCGUUAUCGGGCGUUUUACUGACCUCUACUGGUGAACUGUGGGAACUGCAACAAUUCAAAUAUCAAAUACAGUUAAGUCACAUUUCCACAAUGCAAACAAAACAUGAGUCAGCAAAUAUUUGAUGCAGUAAUUCUGUUUUUUUUUCUUUUUUGUGAAUUUUUGCUUUUUGUUGUUGUGGAGGUGAAAAUAACAGAUAUCGUCACUAAUGUGUCAGGGUCUCCAAGCAGAUCUGGAAAAGUCUGGAAAACGAUGUUACACAUUUCAAGGCUUAACAGAAAUAUUUUUCAGUGAAAAAACUGAUUAAAAAUAAUUUGGGAAAACGCUGUCCUUUCACAUGCAACACUGUUGUUAGUUUCUUUCUUUUCUUUUUUAAAAAAAAUAUUUAAUAAUUUCAGUGGUUCUCGACCACAGAUUUCAGGCCCCUGUAAGGACACAGAAGCUUACCGCAUUCAUGAAAAGUAAAUGUACAAAUCUUUUUUAAUUUCUUUUUUUUGGCCCAUUUUCUCUGGUAAAUAUCGACGGUUUAACUCAGCUUCCUCUGACGGUAAGAAAAAACUUUUGAAAAGAAAGAUAAAUAGUGACUUGUACUUUACCUCAAAUGGAAACUAAGUUUUAAGGGAACCAAAAUGUUAAUGUUUAGGUCCAAUUAACUCAGAUUUACUCGGCUGUCAUUUAAGUUACGUUGAUUUAAAGUUGAAAACUUUCAGCUCAUCGCAGCUUCUUUAGGAGAAAAAGUGAUUUUGGUCUUGGUUUAAUAGUUUCAGUGUAAACUUUCUACAGAUCAGGUUAUUUUUAUUUAUUUCAGAUGAUUGUUUCUGUGUGUAACUGGUGCACGAUCAGUCAGGCAGCGAGGACUCGAUGAGCUCUGCGGAUUGUUAAUAAAAUGUAAGAAAAAACUGGCGAGCUGCCGCUUUGAAUGUACUUAAUAUGCAAACUGCAGAUCAAUCUCUGAAUUAACUGUGUUCAACCAACUCGAUGUGCAUAGUUAUAAAAAGGUAAAAAAAAUAAAAGAGCAAACAUGGAAUUGUAUUGGGGUUUUUUUAUGCAUGCAGGAUCACAGCUUUUUGUCAGUAGUGUACCGAUUUUGUUUUUCCAUUAAUUGUAUUUUUACACAAAAGUUAUCGGAGAACUACAAAAGGAACCUCACUAAUAAAGCCAUCAACUCAAA